UAUUUUUUUCAGUCAAAGACAAAACGCCGGUCUUUUAUUUCCCGUUUUUCGCAAAGAAGUGAGUGAAUCGUUAAAAAGUGGAAAAUAUAAGUAAAUGAUGGCAGCAAACAAUUAUUUUGGGUUUACCCACGGUGGGACCCAAUACGGGGCUGCAACAGCUAGUGCCGCUUACGGCGGUCAAACGGGGUACGCCGUGGCGCCGGCCGCGACCGCUGCGACGUACGGGACCCAGCGUGCCGCGGCUACGGGAUACGACACCGCCUACCAGGCGGCAGCCGCCACUCAAGCGGCGCACGCUCACGCGCACGCCGCCGCUGCGGCCGCGUCCGCGUACGACGCUAGCAAGUCGGCGUACUACCAGCAGGCGGCCGCCGCGUACCCCGCCGCACCUCCGCAGCAGCCAACAUACGAUACCGCGCCGAAAGCGCCGUACACCGCUCCGGCUACUUAUGCUCAGCAGGGCGGCGCGCGCGGCGGUGGCAAGACGUACGGUGGCGUGUACACGGCGACCACGGCCGCCGCCUCCUACCCCACGCAGGCCUACAGCGCCCCGGCCGCGCAGCCCGCCAAGCAGACGGCUAACAGGGGCAACUCUGCUUAUGAUACAGCUCUCUACAACGCGGCUACCAUGUAUGUGGCGCAGCAGAGCAAAACCGGUGGCGGCGGCGGCUGGAAGAACUACAACAAGAGUGGUGUAGGCGCGGGCGCGGCGCGCAGACCGAAGCCCCCACCGAAGGCUCAGCAGCUCCACUACUGUGACGUGUGCCGCAUCUCGUGCGCUGGUCCUCAGACCUACAAGGAGCACCUCGAAGGCCAGAAACACAAGAAGAAGGAGGCGGGCGUGAAGCUAGCAGCCGCAGGGGGCGGAGCGCGCGCGGCGGGCGCGUCUGCACUGCGUUGCGAGCUGUGCGACGUCACAUGCACCGGCGCGGACGCGUACGCCGCCCACGUGCGCGGCAUUAAGCAUCAGAAGGUCGUGAAGCUGCAUACUAUGCUGGGCAAGCCGAUACCCUCAGCUGAGCCGACUAAGCUGCAGCCAGCCAAAAAGACGGUGGCGGGCGCACCCAAGAUCAAUUUCGUGGCGUCCGGUGGACUCAGCACGGUGGGGUCUACAGGAGACAAGAAGGAGGAGGAAGACAAGGAGGAGGACGCGGAGACGGAGACCGAGGUGCAGCCCGUCGGCCAGGACUACAUCGAGGAGAUCCGCGCCGAUGACGGCAAAGCGGUCAGCUUCAACUGCAAGCUGUGCGACUGCAAGUUCAACGACCCCAACGCCAAGGAGAUGCACAUGAAGGGACGCAGACACAGGCUGCAGUAUAAGAAGAAGGUCCAACCGGACUUGGAAGUCAAGGUGAAGCCUUCCAUGCAUCAGCGCAAGUUGGCCGAAGCGAAGGCCCAACGCAUGCUCGUCCGCGACGAAUUGUGGGCCCGCCGCCGUAUGCAUGAGGGUCUGGAGGAGGAGGAGCGCAUGUGGUGGGAGGGGGCGGAGUGGUGGCGUCACCACGCGCCGCUGUACGCGCGCCGCCCCGAGACCGCCGACGACCGCCACGUGCUCGCCAAGCACGCCGCCAUCUACCCGCCCGAGACGCAGCUGCAGGACAUACAGCGAGCCGUCAGCGCCGUCGAGCGCGCUCUCAAGUCGCUCUCCGACGCACUCGCUGAUCGCGCCAGGACUAAUGUCGCUAAAACGCCACAGAAAACUGAGGAUAAGAAAGAUGAAAAGGCUGAGGGUAAAGAAGAUGGCCGUGACAACCAACUGUUCUCAUUCGGCGGCGAAGGCGAGGGAGGCGAGAACGCGCGCGCUCUCAAGGGCGUGAUGCGCGUCGGCCUGCUCGCCAAAGGUCUGCUGCUGAAGGGGGACCGCGACGUGCGUCUAGUGGUCCUCUGCCACGACAGACCGACCGUCACGCUGCUCAAGCGUGUCGCUGCCGACCUGCCCGCACACCUCGCUAAGAUUAAGAACCCUCCGGGGUCCGGCGAAGAGCCCAAGUACAAGGUGGAGCUGCAACCCGCCGAGGGUGCUGUCCAGGUGUCGGACGGCACCGUCAACGUCACCGUCAGUCUGACGUCCGCCGUCAUGCGCGAGCCCGCAGAGGGUGGCGACAUAAAGCGAGACGACAAGGAUGUGCUACCGCGGCAGAAGUGUUUGGACGCGUUGGCCGCCCUUCGGCACGCCAAGUGGUUCCAGGCUAGGGCGGCGAGCCUGCAGUCGUGCGUGAUCAUCAUCCGCAUCAUGCGGGACCUCUGCCGCCGCAUACCCAACUGGACGCCGCUCAACCCAUACGCGAUGGAGCUGCUGGUGUCAGGCGUGAUGCAGUCGGCGGGCGGCGCGCUGUCGCCGGGCGAGGCGCUGCGCCGCGUCAUGGAGGCAGUCGCCGGCGGCCUGCUGCUCGACCACGGCCCCGGCCUGCGAGACCCUUGCGAGAAGGACCUGGUGGACGCCCUCGGAAAUCUACCACCACAGAAACGUGAGGACCUCACCGCGUCCGCACAACAGUUCCUAAGACAGAUUGCGUUCAGACAGAUUUACAAGGUGCUGGACAUGGAGCCCCUGCCGAAGGUGAAGCACCCGGCCGGUGGAAGCGGCGCGUGGAAGUUCCCGCGCAAGCGCAGGCGCUCCACCGCCGACCCCGAGGGCGACGCGCCCAACGGUGAGGGCAAAAUGGUAAAGACGGAGGAGAAAACCGACGCGACCGAGGCGAGCACUCCCGCCAAGAAGUAGAGGCGCCGUCGUGCGUGUUAAGGACGUUUACAUUCACUCACCACAUCUCACACACGGUGUUUACACCUUUCAGAACUCGGGUACACGCCGGAUGAUACACUUUAUACGGAACAAUUUUCUCUCCUUCUAGACCUAGGUAACUCUGUAUAAAAUGCUUCAUCCCCAGAUUUACCGAGUCAGUACUUGGGAGUACAUAGUCUUUAUAUUUUACUUGCGUAAACUUAUUUUUUAAUAUCGCCACAUCCGAAUUGCCGGUCUCCGAUGAGACUAACACCCGU